AUAAAAGUUGACAGUUGAUCAGUUGACGUUUGACGUUAAACGUUCUUUUUUUUAUAUUCGUUUGCCCGUUGAACAUCGCGGAAAUGUCCUCCAAAGUAUCCAGAGAUACUCUUUACGAGUGCGUAAAUGGAGUUAUCGACCAUUCCAAGGAAAAGAAAAGAAACUUCCUGGAAACUGUGGAAAUUCAAAUCGGUUUGAAGAACUACGAUCCCCAAAAGGACAAACGUUUCAGCGGAACCGUCAAACUGAAGCACAUUCCCCGGCCUAAGAUGCAAGUAUGUAUCUUGGGAGAUCAACAACAUUGUGAUGAAGCAAAGGCUAAUAAUGUACCAUACAUGGAUGUUGAAGCUUUGAAGAAACUGAACAAGAACAAAAAGCUUGUCAAGAAAUUGGCUAAGAAAUAUGAUGCUUUCUUGGCUUCAGAGGCUCUUAUCAAACAGAUUCCACGUUUAUUGGGUCCUGGUCUAAACAAGGCUGGUAAAUUCCCUGGUUUGUUGUCGCAUCAAGAAUCAAUGACGCAGAAGAUCGAUGAAGUUAAGGCUACAAUUAAGUUCCAAAUGAAAAAGGUCCUGUGUCUUUCUGUUGCUGUAGGACAUGUAGGUAUGACUCCCGAUGAAUUAGUUCAGAAUGUCCAUCUUUCAAUCAACUUUUUGGUUUCACUGUUGAAAAAACAUUGGCAAAACGUCAGGUCGUUACAUGUUAAAUCUACUAUGGGACCUCCUCAAAGAUUGUAUUAAUUUUUAACUUUAUGUUGCAUAUACCUAUUUUUUAUGCAGGUUGACAUAAUAAAUAUUUAAUAGUAAAUAA